AUGGAGGCCCCAGCUGGAGGAAAUGUCGAUAGAGGACCAACUAUCAUGGCAAUUAUGUGGGCGCAAGCUGCUAUUUCUUGCAUUGUGGUCGCUUUGAGGUUUUGGGCCAGAAUUACGAUCAAAGCGCUCGGGAAAGAUGAUUGGAUUAUGCUUUGUACUUUGAUCAAUUUUCUCGUUUUCUGUGGGUUUGUUACCGUCCAGGCUCUGCACGGCGGCGAUAGGCAUCUGUAUUACAUUCCUCUCGCAGAGCAAGAAUUCGCGAUCAAAAUGACCUGGUUACUGCAGCCCUUUGUUAUUCUAGCAAUUUGCCUGGGGAAAGUAUCGGUCGCUUUCUUGAUAAUGAGACUCCUUUCGCCCACUCCGAAAUGGCCAAAGCCAUUCCUUUGGUUUUGCAUCAUUUCGUGCCUCGUCUUCGUUUUCGUGGAUAUUGUUUUGACAUACGUUCAAUGUACACCUGCAAAGGCGCUUUGGAAUCCAACCGUCCCACAUACCUGCUGGGAGCCAAAAGUUCAAUCGGAUUUCGCGAUCUUCUGUGCUACCUGGCUUGUUUUCAUCGAUGCGCUUCUUGCCGUUUCUCCCAUAUUGUUCUUUGGGAGGUUGAAAAUGAGCUUGAGGAAAAAGAUUGGAAUCUGUGCACUCCUGGGAGGAGGUAUUAUAGCUGCGAUUUGCGGAUCAAUAAAGAUAUCUUAUUUGACAGAACUCAGUGCUCGAGCAGAUAUCACCUGGGCAACGUACGAUUUGUUCGUUUGGAGUGGUGCUGAGGCAUUUAUCCUGAUAGUCUGUGGAAGCAUACCACCGUUGAAAAUUCUCUGGGAUCGUUACAUCUCAAAGAAGACCGGCCAGACAAAGACAUCGAGUUCGUCGUACAUACAGUUUAGUAGCGGGAGAUCUAGAGCCACAGCCCAUCAAUAUGACGGAGUGACCUACGACAUGAAGCCAUUGGCUUCACCGUUACCUGGGAGAGAAGUAGAUUUGGAGGAUCAGAGGACAUCGACAAUACAGGAACACAGUGACUCUCUAUCAAUAGGAGAUAGAGAAAGACCGCAUUCCGUAGGAAUAGGCAGGUGA